UCAUUUUAUCUCAUUCUUUAAAAGCGCAGAGCUCUCGGAGACUUUAUCGAGAGUGGGAGAUUCAACAGUGAGAGAACGUCGGUGAAAGCUUCCCGUUCCGGCAAAUUCUUACCUUAGAGCUUAGAUUACGGUGCCAUGGUGGCUCGGACCUCGCCUAACUGGCUCCCCUCCGGCUGGACAGUCCAAUUUAAAGUCCAAAAAACUGGUCGCAAAAUUAGGAUUUACACAAAUUUGGAAACUGGACAGAAGUUAUUUUCCAAGGACGAUGUUAUCCACCGUAUAAAAGUUAAUAGCAGUCAAGGCAGAAAGCCUCUUCCAAAAAACAGGCACAUCAAAAUGCACUCUAGAAACAAUCCCAAGACACUUGCAGUAGAAACGAAUGAGAAUCCCGAAUGGUUACCAAAAGGUUGGAACAUGGAGGUGAAAGCCCGAAACAAUGGUAUGGGAGCAAAGUACAAGUGUUACAUUGAUCCAUUGACGGGAUGUAGAUUCUAUUCCAAGCCACAGGUGUUUCAAUAUCUUGAAAGUGUAAAGCGCAGUAGUCAGACAUUCAGAAAGAGGAAAAUAGAUAUUUUGGCACCCGCUGCGGUUAAAAGGCAGAAAUUAAAUCACCCAGAAACGGUUAAAAGGCAGAAAUUAAAUCACCCAGAAACCAGACGGAGGCUUUUUGCAGAUAGAGGAAGGUUUAUUAGGCGCGGCUCAGAAUUAGCAGAAGCCAAGAGCUCAAAGAGAGGUCGAGGAAAUAACGCAUCUGAUGAACAGAGAGAUGCUUUUGCCCCCACAGAUGAGAUUGUCCAGAAGGAUACCAUUAAGGAUUCUGCUGAAACUAAGGAAAAUUGUGGUCCAAGAAGGUCAACAUUGCCAAAAGCUGACAGCUCCAAGGGAAAAAGUCAAACAAAAAGUCUCCCUCCUAAUAAUGUGCCUGUUUCAACACCUGCAGUUGAUAUCCUGCAAGAGAAUGAUGACCUUGAGACUGACCUUGAGACUGUGAAGGAAAAUGGCAGCACUAGGAAAAAUAAGAUUACCUCAAGCAAGUCCAAAAAGAAAAAAGAGUUUAACUUGCCUUGCCGUUCUUCAAAAAGACUUGCUGGUUUUGAACCUGAGCAGGUUGUGAACUCAGUUUCAAGUCAACAACCUUUUCAAGUUUUAAGAAGGAGGUUAAGUGAAAGUGGAGCAGGUCAAGAUUCAGGUUUGGCUUCAUGUGGUUUGCCAAAUGGAGCAUCUCAGCAGCUUGAGCAUGGGCAACAAAUGGUGAAUGCACAGCAUGGUUCUACAGAUCCGAGCCAUGCAUUACAUGGAGAGCCAUCAGACGAGAGCAAAAAGCAUCUUCAAAACAAAGCUGCUUCCGAAGGGCCACUAGAGAUGCUGGAAACUGACAAAAUGGAUGAUGAGGUACUAGAACAAGAGCACUGCUGUCCAUUUGGGAAUUCUUGGUCAGACCCAUGCCUAGAGUUCGCUAUCAGGACUCUUACAGGUGCAUUACCACUUGAGGACACUACUAAUUAUGGGGCUGUAUUGGCUCCUGCUGCCAAUAUCCAGCUUAAAGAGAACUCGCUUGAGGGUUGGAUAAAAAAGAGUAGCACUAGAAAAACUCAGGAUAGCUUGAAGAAAUCCAAGAACGAAACAGAUCUUAAUUUGCCUCGUAGGUCUUCAAAGCGGCUUGCUGGGCUUGAACCUGAGAUGGUGGCCAACUCCCAAUUCAGCGAACGGGCUAUUCAAAAUGCAAGGAGUAAGUCUAGUGAAAGUGAAACUACUUUACCUGUGGUUUUGGCAGAUGGAGCAUCUCGACAACUUGAGGACGGCCUAGACAUGGAGCUUGCGCAUCAUGUUUCUAACAACAUAAACACCCCAAUCUUUAUUGGGGAGUCAUCAAACAAGAGCGAAAAGCCGCUUGAAGUUCAAGUUGGUCCCAAAGAGCAACUGCCUCUUGGAGUCCAAAGUGUUCACAAAGAGCAACCGCAUUUUCCUGAAACUGAAAUAAUAAUGCCAGAACCACAGCUUGCCUUUCCUUUCGGGGAUUCUUGGCCAGACCCAUGCCUAGAAUUUGCAUUCAAGACACUUACAGGUUUAAUACCAGUGGAAGAUAAUUUGGCAGUUCAAGAAAGCUUCCAGGAAGAACUUGACAUCUCUCACACACACAGGGAUAGUAGUUUGGCAUUGCCAGAUUUUGGCUUACCCAGCUUUUUCCAAAAUGAUAUUUCAUCCCAUUUUGAUUUACCAGAAAAGUCUAUGGCAGGACAUCAACCGUCCCGAAGUUCUUCAUUCCUGGCCCCAGGAAAUGUGAGUUUGCCGAGUUGUGGAGGAAUCAGUUCUCGACAACCUUGCUCGGAGGGUGAUAAGGAUCUUCAUGGAAAGGUUAACUCUUAGGAUAAAGGCCAGCUAGUUGUCUGGGAUAAUCAGUAGUAAUCUACUGUUUAAAUCCCUAGCAUGACGCUUUUGCUAUUUAUCUCUUGUAAUAUUUGUAAUCAGAGCUUGAUGCUUUGUAUCUUCCGGUUAGAAGAUCUAGUGGGCGGAGAGAGAAAGAGAGAGAUUUCAGUCA